AUGAGUGCUCAUUUUGAGGUGAGAUUUGAGUGUCAUCAGAAGGAGGAAUGUUGGAAUAAUUCUCCAUUGAGGGAUCAGGCAAAGGUUGAUCACAGUUUAAAUAAUGAACAGAGGAGCGGUGAUGGCGUCGAUUUACUGCUGCAAAGAGUGCGGAGCCAAUUUAAAUCUUCAUUCCAGCUACCUCUACCCGCCGGAUUUCUACUUCGAGGCCGGCAACAAAGGAAACGCACCAAGAUCAAGUGCAAUAGCUGUGGGAAACUCGUCGGGUAUAUUUACGAUGACGGUGCGCCCAUGACGGAUAGUCCGGGUCAGUUCCAUAUGGGUCCGAGUCAGGUUGUGCCUAGAAACCCUAGGUACAGGUUCAAGACCAAGGCUUUAAGGAUUGCUUCUGAGACUUGA